GUCCUUUUUUUUUUUUUUUUACAUUAUUGUGCAAGUGAUAGCAGACCUCCGGAAGCCCUGGGAAAACUGUGGUUCUUAUAUGUGAGCUACCAAAAUCUCACAUUACUCUAGGCUACAUACAGAUAUCAGGACAAUGCAAAGUAUUGACAACACAACCAGAAUACUCCAAGAGAAGUGCAGAGGACUGUACAAGGUACUUCUAACGUUUCUCUGCUCUGUGGUCUGCAGCGCUGCUGGUCAGUCUCUUCCUGAAGGGGACGGGUGUCCCGUUCCGAUGUGGUUCCAGUUCAACAGCAGCUGUUAUACGUUUAUUUAUGUUACACAGAAAAAGUCGCUUAAUCUGGAUCUUGCCCGUGAGCUUUGCAAAGACAUUGGUUCUGAUAUUAUAAGCGUUCAAAGCCGGGAGGAAAAUGAGUUCUUACUGAAGAUGUUCCGGACUAAAUGGAAGGGACCCAAGGAGAUUUUGCUGGGCAUGUUUUAUGAUGCUGAUGAUGACACUUUGAAAUGGUUUGACAAGUCGCCUGUAACAUUCACGAAUUGGAGACAGGAGAAGAUCACAGAUGAAAACUUAAACACCUGCGUGAAAAUGAACACAGUGACCGGAGAGUGGGACUUCACCGAGUGCGACCGCUUUACCGAAUCAGAGACAUUGUGUAAAACAGGACUGAGUCCUCAAGAGAAGAAUACAAAUGGUCAGCGAAUGCUGAUGAUUAGCCUGGUCAUUGCAUUUGCACUAAUUUUACCAUCACUACUACUACUGUUCUUCAUUCUACAUAAGAGGAAAAGGUUACUCUCUGGAUUUCCAUCAAGGCAUCUACCAGGAGCAGCACAGGUUCUCCCAUAUAGUGAUGAUGAUAUACUGGUGGAUACAAUGGAAGGAGAGGACAGUGCCUGAGUGGACGCCAUUAGUAUGUUAACCACAGUCCCAACGCUGCACAUCAUACCGGUUAUCUUCAACAGUGAAAUGUAGCAACCUGAAAGUGAGCCAGUACUUUACAAGUUCAUUAAAUAUUCCACCCUC